GGGACGGGGGAUCGACUAUACGGAUCCGAGAUGGCGCAAGAGAGGACUGGUAUUGCGAAGCGAUAUCUUAUCAAUCAGCGACCGCAUUCCCCUCAUGGCCUCGCCGCUUCGGGGAACCUCCGAUAACUAUCCAUGCAAGCGUGUCGCGAUUCUUGCAGCAGACUUGGCUAGCGUAUAUUAACCAUUGCCAUAAGACCUCGAUCAAGCACUCCCCGUUAAAACAAGGAUAUAUUCGUCAUUUGCGUGGGGGUUGACGAGUGCUACGCAGUUGAAGUUAUAUCUUAACAAGAAGUUUUGAUUUAUAUUUAUCUAGGUAAGUUUCACCUAGACAUGUGCCACCUAGUCGCCGUUUGGUAUUCAUUUUGUUGCUUGAGCCGCAUACCAUGACGUCCAAGACUGUCGAGCAGACAUCCGCAGCUGAGGUAGUUUUCGAGACCCCGAAAUUGCCCGACAAGUACGCCGACGAAAGUUACAAGCUCUUCUCGCAAGUCAAGGUUGAGCCUCCCACUGCUGAGGAAGCUGAGCGAAUCCGUAAGAAGAGCGUCCGAUGGAUAUUAUCGUUCCUCUGCGUCGGGUAUCACCUGAUGUACGUGGACAAGCAGACGCUCGGAAGUUCGUCUAUCCUGGGAAUUCUUGAGGAUGCGGAUCUAAAUUCGAGCCAGUACAACUGGUUGUCAUCAAUCUUCUAUUUUGGCUACCUGCUAGCAGAAUGGCCUCAAAACUGGGCGCUGCAACGAUUCCCAGUUGCAAAGUGGCUAGCCGGGAAUCUUGUCGUCUGGGGUUCCAUCUUGCUGCUACAUGUUCCAUGUAAUAGUUUCGCGUCUCUCUUCGUCGUUCGUUUCUUUCUUGGGCUCGCGGAGGCGUGUAUUGUGCCUGCUUUCUUAUUAACGCUAUCGAUGUUCUUCACAUACGACGAGCAAGCAGUUCUGAUGCCCAUAAUGUGGGCUGCGGGAAAUUCUAGCCCUAUAACUUCAGGAUUGCUGUCGUACGGAGUUUUAUGGGUAGACACGGGUAGUUUUUCAUCUUGGAAGUGGUUUAUGGUCAUCACAGGAACUUUAACUGUUAUAUACGGCGUUUUCGUCUGGUUUUUCUUCCCAGACAACCCGAUGUCCGCUCACUUCCUGACCCUCGAAGAAAGAGCACAAGCUAUCCUCCGCAUUGCUUCGAACCAUUCGGGGAUCGAGCAGAAGCGUUUCAAACGCCACCAGCUGGUUGAAGCGCUGAAGGACCCCAAGACCUGGCUCUUCUUCCUCCAUGCGUGGUCCCAAGAAAUGGCCAACGGUUUAACUAACCAGUACUCGCUUAUCAUCAAAUCAUUUGGCUUCACCACGCUGCAGACCACGUUGUUGGGUUGCAUUACCGGUCUUACUUCGCUGGUGUCCCUUGGAGCUGCCGCCCUAAUAUUGUCAAAGACGCGCAACAGUCGAGCGUGGCUUUCUGCUGCUGCGUAUGUACCACCAAUUAUAUCCAGUAUACUUCUUAUCACUCUUCCUUGGAGCAACCGUUGGGGUCUUCUGUCGGCAAUAUGGAUUAGAUCUACAGGAGGUAUUCCCUACAGCGUGGUUAUGAUCUGGGCAGCCAACUGCUCUGCGGGACAUACGAAGAAGACCGCCGUCAUCGCUCUGUAUCAUGUCGGGUACGGUUUGGGUAAUAUUCUCUCGCCUCAGCUGUUCCAAGAACAAUACAAGCCUAGAUAUAUUGUGACUUGGUGGGUUAUUCUAUGGGUCGCGUGCGUGCUUCCGACGUUUAUCGUCCUUUAUCUUCGAUGGUAUUUAGUUAAGGAGAACAAAAGGAGAGACUUGCUAGAUAAACGCGGGGCUAUUAGAGAAGUCGGAGUCAUUGAGCAUAUUGACGAGAGCGGCGAGCGGCGGGAAGAAAUAGUCGAUGCGAGACAGUUGGAUCUGACUGAUAGGGAAAAUCUUGCAUUUCGAUACGUCCUCUAAUGUGGAAAUAUUCAUAGAGUAUUCGCUAUUUGGUAGAAUACAUAUCGUAUACACUACCUACCUCUCGGAUAUCACCUACCUAUCGUUAGAUAAUUCUCCGCAGUCAGCGAUAGGUGUCUUGAUCUUGCAACCCCGUCUGGCCACGUGUCACGCCUUAAAUUUUUUUUAUUUCCUACUUGAUGAAACCGUACGAGGUUUCCACAACUU